GAAAGUCUCCGUCAAUUUGCUGUUAGUGGCUGACACACUCAUACAUUACAUACAGACACUAACACAUGCACACACAGACACACACGCAUACACACACUCACACUCUCUGGCACGCACGCACGCACGCACACGCACUCACUCACUCACUCUCACCGAGACUCAAUUACUGCCCAAUUCCCUUCUUUAUCUCUGGCUGCCGGCCUCCACUAACGCGAUCGGAGAAGGAAGCGAAACGUUUCGCGUUACUUGAAAUAAAUACUUGAAAUAAGCCGAGUCGCGGCCGGAGACCCAUCGAACAGCGCAAAAAAAAAACUACUUUUGCAGGGAAGUGAUGUCACUGGGCUGAAGACACUCCGCAGCGAUAUGGAGCCAGGGGAGCGGCCUCCACCCUCCAUGCACAGCGUCCCCCCCGCCGCCGCCGUCUCCUCCCUGGCCCCCUCCUCCAAGCCCAGCCUGGCCCCCGCCGCCCUCGGCUCCCCCCUCAACACCUGCGGGCGUUUGUUCCGGGCAGCCAGCGAUCAGUCCUUUGGCCUCUCCCCUGUCUCAAGUGCCUUCCCCAUGGUGAACCAUCCAGCCUUCGGCCUUCAUACUAACAGCUCAGGGCGGUCUGAAUUUGGAGGCUUGGGCACACUGGGUGUGCCCGCUGCCCUGGCUGCUCACCCCCAGCUAGGAGCCUUUCCAGCAGCGGACUGGUGGCGAGCGUCAGAGGCUCACCGGCGGAGUGCGGCCGCCUUCUUCCCCCCUCUGCUUGGCCUGCCCCCCAUGUUCACUCCCCCGGUGCAGAACCAUGAGUCCAGCACCUUCCAGUCACGGACCCCCAGCAAGAACGGACGGGACACCCCCAAAGGGGUGAAUGGAGCAGUGAACGGCAACGGCGCCACCCCUUCCUCUGGGGGGAGUUCCGCCCCCGCCACACCUCUGCCACAGGCAGCCCCCGAGCGGCCCAGAACCACUAACUCUGGAGGCAGGAGCCGCAAAGGCAGCGUGGAGGGAAUCCAGAUGUCUAAGGAGAGCGCCGGUCAGAAGCCCAGUCAGAAAUCUAAAGACAAGAAACUCCACAAGAAAGCGGCGGAGAGCUCCAGCAACAGUGACAGCGAGUCGGGCACCUCCUCGGACACCUCGAGCGAAGGGGUUAGCAGCAGCGACUCCGAGGACCUGGAUGAGGAUGAGGACGAGGACGAGGAUGAGGAAGAUCAGAGCAAUGAAAGCGAGGACUCGGAUUCUGAGAGGGAAAAGAGGGUGAAGAGGAAGGUAAAGGUUGGGAUUUCUGAGGGUAAGAAGGAUAUCCCCAGGCCUGCUGAAGACCGGGAGCCCCAGGCAAACAAGAGCAGCCUUCCCCGGGGCUUCCCCGUCGAGGCCCUGGUCCCCAGCCACUUCUCACCUCCUCCGUCCAUCCAGUCUUCGGCCUUGGCAUCAUCCAGUCCGCUGGUCUUCCAAAGCCCCGGCUCCAGAGAGGAGGCCGUUAAACCACACAUGAGUGUCAUCCAAGCUACUGGGCUGGCGGCCAGCAUUAAGCCGCUGGCUUUGGUCACACAGCCACGCCAGGAGCCCUCGCCCAAGACUUUGGACCCCUCCCCCAAGCCCCUCCCACUCACAUCCUCCCCCAAGCCCCUCCCACUCACAUCCUCCCCUAAGCCCCUCCCACUCACGGUUUCCCCCAAGCCCCUCCCACUCACAGUUUCCCCCAAGCCCCUCCCACUCAGGUCCUCCCCCAAGCCCCUCCCACUCAGGUCCUCCCCAAAGCCCCUCCCACUCACCGUCUCCCCAAAGCCCAUCUCCCUCUCCAGUUCACCUAAGCCCCUCUCACUUUCCAGCUCACCCAGGCCUCUGUCUCUCUCCCCCCCUCCCAAACUCAAACCACUGGCCCCCUCCCCAAAGCCACCAACUCUCUCCCCCGAUGGUAUGAAGAUGACUCCAAGGAACCUCAUGGAAGACUCAUCUUCACAGAUCAGUGACUUCAGACUAAAGCAGCCAUUCCAUUCCCAGGAGCAUUUCAAGACGACAUUCCCAGUGCAUCUGAAAAAGCAGCAGGAGUCCUACAAGACCCAGAAGAAGGCGGCAUCAGUACCAUUGUCAUCAUUGUCAUCGCUGCCCCCUCCCAAACUCUCCCCUGAGGCCCCAAGCAGCCACAAACUGGCCCCCCAACACGGAAGCCACUCCAACCUGUUCCUCUCCAGUACCCUCCUCGGACACCAUCACCCGAACGGUGUCAUCCAAAGCGCCAUUCAGGAAGCCCCCCUGGCCCUCAUCACGAAACCCCGCAGCCAGGUCAAGACCCCCGACAAGCCCCCACUCGCGGCCGCUGGCGUGCCCCCCUUCUCCACACCCGUCAACCUGAGCAUGGUGCCCACAAGGCCUUCUACCUCACCUGGCCUGGCUCACGCGCAAGGGAAGAACAGGGCCCCCAAAUCGAUAAGCGCAGGUAGGGGGGCAAACCAGAGUCACCUGGUUCAGUCCCUGGUUGACCUCUUCCGGGGCACCGAGUCUGACAUCCCCAGCAGUAAGGAUUCUGACGACUCCGUCGAGGAUGAGGAUGACGAGGAAGAGGAGGAGGAGGAAGAUGACGAGGAGGAUUCUGACGACAGUCCCUCAGACUCUGAAAGCAACUUCGGAAGCGACUCGGAAGGCUCCGAGGAUGACAUGAAGGAGCGCAAUGAGACGGGGACCGACACCGAAGGGGAGAAGAUGCCUCUGAAGCUCACCAAGAGUACCUCUUUAGCGAAUGCCUCCGCCGACUCUGCGGCCAACAGCUCCCCCCUCAACCUCCAAGUCGUCAAGUCCCCCGACAUGAUUGCUUCCACUGCAUUGGCUGGUUCUGGAGCUUCAGCCUAUCACACAGCUCCCUCCUCAUCGUUCGCUAUUGCUACUCCUCCAGGAUCUGCGAAACGACGGCGAGUGGACGAGCAGGAGCUGCAGAUACCUCUUGAAUUAGGGUGGCGAAGGGAAACCCGAAUCCGAAACCUCAACGGCCGCGUCCAGGGCGACGUGGCUUAUUACGCCCCCUGUGGGAAGAAGCUACGUCAAUACCCAGAUGUCGUAAAGUAUCUAUCCAGAAAUGGAAUAACUGACAUCACACGCGAUAAUUUUAGCUUCAUUGCAAAAUUAAGGGUUGGUGACUUCUAUGAAGCCAGAGAUGGACCCCAGGGCUUGCAGUGGACGUUGCUGACAGAGGAGGAAAUUCUCCCUCACGUCAUGGCGAUGGAGGGUCGCCGAAGUCGUCCCCUGAACCUGGAUGGCCAACAACAGUCAGUGGAUGGGUCACGGGCAAGACGCCGUAAAGGCCGGCCGCCCAACGUAGGGGAGGGCGAGGUGCCCAGCUCCACUGAUGCCAAGCUCCUCCGGAAACUGGAAGCCCAAGAAAUAGCCCGGCAAGCAGCUCAAAUCAAACUAAUGCGCAAACUUGAAAAGCAAGCACUGGCACGGGCGGCCAAAGAAGCUCGCAAGCAACAAGCAAUCGUGGCUGCUGAGGAGAAGCGGAAGCAGAAGGAGCAGAUCAAGAUACUGAAGCAGCAGGAGAAAAUCAAGCGGAUUCAGCAGAUCAGAAUGGAGAAAGAGCUCCGCGCUCAGCAGAUUCUUGAAGCUAAACGGAAGAAGAAGGAAGAAGCAGCAAAUGCCAAAAUUUUGGAAGCUGAGAAGCGAACAAAGGAGAAGGAGAUACGACGGCAGCAGGCUGUCAUCCUGAAACAUCAGGAGUUGGAGAGGCAUAGACUAGAUAUGGUAUGGGAGCGGGAGAGGCGACGGCAGCACAUGAUGCUGAUGAAGGCCGUGGAGGCCCGUAAGAAGGCGGAGGAGCGCGAGCGCCUGAAGCAGGAGAAACGGGACGAAAAGCGGAUCAACAAAGAGCGGAAGCUGGAACUCCGCAGGCUGGAACUGGAAAUGGCCAAGGAGCUGAAGAAGCCCAAUGAAGAUUUGUGCCUGGCGGACCACAAGCCUCUCCCUGAGUUGUCACGGAUCCCAGGCCUCGUGCUUCCUGGAAGCUCCUUCUCUGACUGCCUGAUGGUGAUGCAGUUCCUGCGAAGCUUCGGGAAGGUUCUGGGCUUCGACGUGGCUAUGGACGUGCCCAGCCUGGGCGUGCUGCAGGAGGGCCUGCUGAACGUGGGCGACAGCAUGGGCGCCGUGCAGGACCUGCUGGUGCGAAUGGUGUCAGCUGUGGUGUGUGAUCCGGGCCUCCCCCCGGGCCACAGGACCAAAACGGCCCUGGGGGACCACCUGACUAAUGUAGGCAUCAACCGGGACAACGUGUCGGAGAUCUUGCAGAUCUACAUGGAGGCGCACUGUGGGCAGACGGAGCUGGCGGAUCUCUCGGAGAGCCUGAAGACCAAAGCAUUCCAGGCACACACACCUACGCAGAAGGCCUGCAUCCUGGCCUUCCUGGUCAACGAGCUAGCCUGCAGCAAGAGCGUCGUCAGCGAGAUUGACAAAAAUAUUGAUCACAUGACCAAUCUAAGGCGGGACAAGUGGGUGGUUGAAGGCAAGCUUCGCAAGCUGAGAAGUAUUCACGCCAAAAAGACGGGGAAGAGGGAGUCCGGCGUGGGCGGAGAGGAGGCCCAGACCCCGGGCACGCCCACGGUGGGCCGCAAACGCAAGCGGAAGACCGGGGACAGUGACGAUGACGAGGAUGACGAUGAGGACAGCGACGACCAGGGCGACGAGGAUGAUGAAGAGGAGGAGGAAUGCAAGAAAGGGAAGAAAGUGGAGGCAUGCGAGGAUGAGGAUGAGAGCUACCAGGUUGCCAGUGUGGAGGAGCUCGAGAAGCAGAUCGAUAAGCUGACGAAGCAACAGAACCAGAUCAGGCGCAAGCUCUUUGAGGCGUCGCAUUCCCUGCGCUCCAUGAUGUUUGGACAAGACCGCUACAAGCGGCGCUACUGGGUGCUGCCACAGUGCGGGGGUGUCUUCGUGGAGGGCAUGGAGAGCGGCGAAGGUCCAGAAGAGACAGAGAGAGAAAGGGAACGAUACAGAGAACAGGAGAGCGCAGUGGCUGUUGAAAUCAAGAAGGAGCCACCAGACGUGCUGGACGAGAAGCCCUCGGACAUUAGCCAGGACGUGAACUUCCAGGGGAACAGGGCAACACCGGAGAGUGGCGUCGAGAAGGACUCACCUAACCUCUUCCUUCAGAAGCCAGGCUCCUUCUCCAAGCUUAGCAAGCUGUUGGAGGUGGCCAAGAUGUCCCCGGAAUUAGAGAGCCAGCACCAGAAGCAGAACGGCAGCCCGGUGACGGUCCCCAUGUUGGCGCCAUCUCCUCCACACGCCGGCUCUCAGAGCGCGGUGGUCGGCGGCAGCCCCGGUGCCUUGUGCGUGGAAGCCAAGCCGGAGCCCACUGCCCCCAGGCUCAGCCUGCAUUUUGGCUUUCCUGGGAGCAUGUGCAGUUCCCAGCAGCUCUUGCCUGGUGACCAGCUCUUCCGGGCUCUGACAGAGAGGAACGGACAUUGGUUUAGCCUCCUGCCCCGCUCGCCUUGCGACGACUCCUCCCUCACCACCGCCCCUACGCCCCCAGCUGCCUCCUCCCAGUCUUCCUCCACCCAGCCUAAGUCUCCGGCCUCCUCCUUGCCAAUCCCCCUUGGGGUUUCUGCAGGAACCAGCCCCCACACCCCUGUGGGGAUGGGUGGCAUGGCAUUGUCUGUUCUCCAGGUGAAGCCAGGGAUCUCUGGAAUGGGGCUCCAAUACUGCGCGUGGUCUGCCGGGAUCAUGAGCCCGAGCAUGGCCUUCCCAGGUAGCUCCACACCAGGUGCAUCCUACCCAGGGGCCGAUGGAAACGGGAACCCCUUCUUGGCACCCAGCGUGGCCACUAGCAAGAGCGAGUCCCCUGUUCCCCCCAGCGAGAAGCCUUCCUCUGCCCCUUCCCCUGCCAUGGAAGUAGCCAAACCCCAGGACUACCCAACCCCCCAGCCCAUACCAGAAGAAAUGCUGACGGGCUGGUGGAAAGUGUCAGACAUGGAGGAGCUGAGGGCCCUGGCCAAGGCACUGCACAGCAGAGGCGUCAGGGAGAAGGCCCUGCAGAAGCAGAUCCAGAAACACAUGGAGUACAUCGCUCAGGCCUGUGCCAAGAACAGAGAUGCUGCCGUCAUUGAUGUGACUGACCUCGAGGAGAACCAAGUAACGGAAGAGACUCUGGAAAGCUGGUGCAUAGAAGAGCAGGCCAUGGAGAUGGACAUAGCAGUCCUUCAGCAGGUGGAGGAGCUGGAGAGGAAAGUGACCUCGGCCAGCCUUCAGAUUAAGGGAUGGAUCUACCCCGAGCCUCAGUCAGAGAGGGAAGACCUGGUCUACCAUGAACACAAGCCCUUCACAAAGAGGAGUCUGGCAGAAGACAAGGAGACCGGGCCGGAGCAGGAGGAGAACGGAGGAGGCGGCGGCAUUGUCCGACGUGUGAACAACCCUCUAGAUAUAGCUGUAACCAGACUGGCUGAAUUGGAGAAGAACAUAGAGAGAAGGUAUCUGAAGAGCCCCUUAAGCACCACCAUUCAGAUCAAACUGGAUAAUGUGGGUACAGUCACAGUCCCUGCUCCUGCACCAUCCGGUAGUGGUGAUGGUGAAGGAAGCGAGGAAGACAUUGCCCCGGGGAUGAAGGUGUGGCGCAAGGCCCUGAGUGAGGUGCGCAGUGCUGCCCAGCUGGCCCUCUGUAUCCAGCAGCUGCAGAAGUCCAUCGCUUGGGAGAGGUCCAUCAUGAAAGUUUACUGCCAAAUUUGCCGGAAGGGGGAUAAUGAGGAACUCCUCUUGCUCUGCGAUGGCUGUGACAAAGGAUGUCACACAUACUGCCAUAGACCCAAAAUCACCACGAUCCCUGAGGGCGAUUGGUUCUGUCCUGCCUGCAUAUCCAAGGCUAGUGGGCAGUCCCCAAAGAGCAAGAAGCUGCAGUGUCGACCACUGGUGGGUAAGAAAAACUGCGAGGCAAAGCGGAACAGGAAGCUGUCUGUGGCGGGGGAGAUCUCAGAGGACGAUGCUGCCAGUGCAAGCGGAACUCCGAAGAAAGGGACAAAAGACCCCAAGAAGAGGAAGGUGGAGGAGAGCCCUUCCGGCAACCAGAAACCAGAAAGCCCUUCGUCUGUGAAGAAGAUGAAACCGGGCAGAGACAAUUGCAAGGACCUGGUCUUGUGCAGCAUUCUUCUCUCUGAGCUGGAGAGCCACCAGGAUGCCUGGCCCUUCCUCACUCCGGUCAACCCCAAGUCGGUUCCUGGUUACAAGAAGGUGAUCAAGAAGCCCAUGGACUUCUCCACCAUCCGUGAGAAGCUCAGCAACAACCAGUAUCAGAACCUGGAAACAUUCAUCAUCGACGUGAACCUGGUUUUCGAUAACUGUGAGAAGUUCAACGAAGAUAAUUCUGAUAUCGGCCGGGCCGGCCAUAACAUGAGGAAGUUCUUCGAGAGACGCUGGACUGAACUAUUAAAAACAACCUAAACCUGUUUACCUUGACUAUCUGGGACCAGCUGUUUCUGAUUCAGUUUUCAGAGCAGACCUCUUGUGAGAGUCGUACUGAGGUGUAUCUCAAAAGCGUGCGACUGUAAUCUCUCUCUUUCAAAAACGAGAGUUCCUGUAUUAUGUUGGUCACUAAUAUACGACGCUGGUUUGGCAAAAACAGGGAAAACGACCCCAUAGAGUUCAACACAGGGGUGUUUUAGUGCAAUACCAUUUCCUAUAAGAAACUGCACUGAAUUUACAACCAUCAGAGCUGUAAUUGGGAAAGAACACUUUCCACUACUUAUAUGUAAUAUAUAUAAUAUUUACAAAUAUUAUAUAUAUAUAAUUUUUUUUGUUUUUACUUUACCCUUAAUAUUAUAGUGAAUGUAUUUAAUUUUGUUAAUUAUUUAUGAGUUAACAAGUCCAGUCUUCGUUUUCUAUGAAAAGGAAGAAACAGCAAAAACUGCUUUAAAAUCUUAAGGAAUGUUUUUCAAUUAUAAAAACAAAGCCAAGAAUAAAGGAAAAAAUAGAUUUUAAAAAAAAAAAACUGUUUACACUUUUCAGUGCCUCCACGGCACCGAAAGAUCCAUGACGGUAAUACUGUAAAGCUGCAUUUAUAUAUAAAGAUGUUUUUGCAUCACUCAACUGUGUAAGACAUUAAGGCAACUGAGACACAUCUGUAUAUACUGUUCAUUAAUGUUAAUAUUAAGUCUUGUUUGGAAUAUGUAUGAUGUGUACAUAUUGUUUGAGACAUCAGAUAUGGUUUAUGCCUUAGAAUGACUGUAGCAUUUUAUUUUAGCCCUAAAGUGAUUAAACAUAUAUUGCUUGUACAGUACUUAUCCUCUGCAAACACUGUGGUCUCCUUAAUCUUGGUAGUGCCUGCCUUUUCAACAGGGUGUAGGGGAUACUUGUUUUUUUUUUUCCCUCCAUUUUUUUCUAUUUUUGUAUAAUUUUAACCCUCCCAGGCCUCGGAUUCCGACAUAAUCAUUUCUUAUCCAUAUGAAUUAUAUCGUGUUGCACAGUAUUUUUCAUAAAAAAAAACAUUUCCCUCCAUCUGCCUUGCCACAGACACAAGGACAUUUGUAACCACUGUGUUUGAAUCUUGCUGUGUGUCGUGGUCUACUGGGGGCAGCUAGAGCAGAUUUUUUUGUACCUACGUCAGAGUACUUGAAGUUAUUUUAUUUAAAGAUAUUGUGGAAAACGGAAAGCUAGCAUUCCUUUUGUAGAAGCAUUAUUUUUCACUAGUGUGUGUGGCACGGAUCUAAUAAAGAGAUGUUUUUCAACCCAUAAA